UUUCAAGAUGGCAGCCUCCAUGGUCUCCACGAAUGUGAUGAAAUUGCGUCUGUUUCUUUCAUGUUUACGGAGAAUCAGUUGCGAAAAGAGUGAAUUUUCACAAAUAAUUAAUUCUAGGAGAAUAUCUUCACUUAAGAAUUGUAUUAAUGUGAGGUAUUACAUUGAAAGUAGGAAGUUAUAUCGUUUGUAUUCCACAUGGCGUAUCAGAACUGCGGGAAUAGGGGCCACUGCAGCAAUUGCCCUCGGGGCGGUAGCGGCGUGUGCUGAGUCUGUCGAAGCUGUGAAGGCAACAUGGUUCCUUGCAUCUAGAAAGGAUGAUGUAGAUGAAAUAUCCAGGUUACUGAGGUCAGGGUUCAAUGUGAAUGCCAGACAUCAGCUGGGAUGGACAGCCUUGCAUGUAGCAACUAUCAACAGACAUGAAAAGGCUCUGAGAGCAUUACUCAAGGCAGGAGGAGACCCAAACAUCGGAGAUGAGUUUAGCAGUGUGUGGCAGACAGCGCAGGAGAAAAGCCUCAACUCAUUACAAGUUUUAUAUGAUAGGGAGGAUGACUUCAGUGACAGACUGAACAACAGAGCCUCAUUCCGUGGCUGUACAGCUCUCCAUUAUGCCGUCCUCUCAAAUGACAUCAAUAUCGUCAGGAUUCUACUUGAAGCAGGUGCUGAUCCAAUGAUAACCAAUGAGAAUGGUCAUACUCCUAUGCAGUAUGCCAAAGGUCAAGCCAUAAAGCAGCUACUUGAAGAAAACAGCAAGAAGUUUUCAGCAUUACAAGCAAAGAGAGCAGCAGAGGAGAGACGUCGCUUUCCAUUAGAGCAGAGACUUACAGAGUUUAUCAUUGGACAGGAUGGUGCCAUAGCAACCGUUGCUGCAGCUGUUAGGAGGAAAGAAAAUGGUUGGAUGGAUGAAGAUCACCCUCUAGUCUUUCUCUUCUUGGGCUCAUCAGGAAUAGGCAAGACGGAACUUGCCAAGCAAAUAGCACGGUACAUGCACAAGGAUGUCAAGAAUGGCUUCAUUAGGAUGGACAUGUCCGAGUACCAGGAGAAACACGAAGUGGCCAAGUUUAUUGGGGCACCACCGGGGUACGUGGGUCAUGACCAGGGGGGUCAGCUCACUAAGAAGCUCAAGCAGAAUCCCAAUGCUGUGGUGCUGUUUGAUGAAGUGGACAAAGCACACCCUGAUGUACUCACCAUCAUGCUACAACUCUUUGAUGAGGGGAGACUGACAGACGGGAAAGGCAAGACAAUAGAAUGCAAAGAUGCCAUCUUUGUGAUGACAUCCAACAUUGCUAGUGAUGAGAUUGCCAGUCAUGCAUUGCAGCUAAGAAGAGAAGCCAAGGCUAUGAUGAAACAGAGACAGACUGCACAAGUAGAGAGUGAAGCAGCUGAAAUGACAGAGCAGGUGACGAUCUCCAAGAGGUUCAAGGAAGAUGUCGUCCAGCCGAUCCUCAAGAGGCACUUCAGAAGAGACGAGUUCCUAGGCAGGAUCAACGAGAUGGUCUAUUUUCUACCAUUCUCUCGCGCCGAGCUUAUCAGACUGGUCUCCAAAGAGCUCAACUUCUGGGCAACGAGGGCCAAAGACAGACAUGAGAUGGAGUUGACAUGGGAUGUUGAAGUUCUUGAAGUUCUUGCUGAUGGAUAUGAUGUCCACUAUGGAGCAAGGUCUAUCAAACAUGAGGUUGAGAGAAGGAUCGUCAACCAGCUUGCUGCUGCCCAAGAGAAGCUCCUCAUCUCUCAAGGAUGCAAGCUCCACAUCGCUGUCGAUGCAGGUUCCCAUGACAACAAGAUGAGUGGAAGUCAAGAUCUGCAGCAGACGAAACUCAAGCUUCAAGUCAUCAAGAAAGGAAAGAAAGAAACAGUGAAUAUUCUUCCAUCAGUACCAGGUCCCGCUGAUGUCAACCAUCAUUCCAAUUUUUAGGCAAUAUUUUACCCCUGUUGAUGUGGAGCAAAUGAACUUGAAAAGAAAUACUUGAGAUUUUUCUUGACAUUUCAACUUGUGUGGAUAAAGCCAGGACAAAUCGUACUUUCUUCCAGAAAAAUAUUCAUGUGCAAUUUUAAAAAGGGAGUCAUUCAGCUCUGUGCUCCAACAAAUAUAACUUUCACAGUGGCUGUUGUACCCUAAAUUUAGUGUGAUACAUUCAAUGCAUAGUUCUGAGCCAUAAAUGUACAAUAGAUAGUUUUUAUCUUGUAUGUAAAUGAAGCAUCACUGCUAUCUCUAACUUUCACCCAGAAAUCUAUUUAUAGGGAACAUUAACUGAAACUUACUUAAACAAGUUACUUUUGCAAAUAAAUUAUCAUGUCAUUGUAUGUUUUUGUAUGAAAUGUUCUCUAUGGUUCUUGCAUGCUAAUAAAAUUAAUGGAUAAUUACAAAGACCUGGGAGAACACUAUAUUAAAAUCAUUGAAACUAGCAGCAUGUGUUUUAAUUUAGUCUGUAAGACAAAGAGAAAUAGAAAAGACAGGUUGAACAGAGCAGACAAAUAUUUAGAUUAUUUAUAGGGCAAGGAACAGGGAUGUAUAUAUCUUCAGGGUUUGUCAUGAUAUAUCACUAACCGGAGUGUUGGCUCAGUCAGUAGAGCAUCCGCCUCACAACCAGGAGGUCGUGGGUUCGAACCCCGGCUGCG